AUGGAAACGGUUACGACUUAUUACGCUACGCUUGGGGUGACCCCAAACGCCGAACUUCCAGUCAUUCGCGCGGCGUACAAAGCGCUGGCACUUUCUCAUCAUCCAGACAAGACAGUCCAUCUGUCCGCAGAAGAUAGGUCUGCGCACUCCGCCCUCUUCCGCGAAAUCCAGGAGGCUUUCGACAUCCUUGGUAAUCCUUCUCUGAAGAUUGCUUACGACCGCGAGUUGCAGCGUCAUGGUGGUCGUGUGGACGUCAAGUCUUCCACAUUUCACCGUCCUUCAGCACCCUCGCGCCGACGCAACACCAUCCGUAUCACCUCUCCAGAAGAGAAGCGCGCGUUGAAGGCCAAGAUCGAACAAGAUCUUGCAUUUCUUCGAGAACAGAGGGCCAAGCGCGACAUUGAAGACUCUCAAAUGGAUAUCUGCGGAUUGAAGUUCGUGCUUCAGACGUGGACAGAGAUGGCAGCAGAGUAUGAUAGUGACACUCUUAGCCACGGUUAUCUACGUGCCCACUGCGCUGUACAGAUGCAAGUCUACCAAGCAAAGAUCGCAAAGCGCGAGCGUGAGCAUGAAGACUGGCUUGAAGGUAUGUCGCGUCCGAAGACUCCCGGCAACCCUGGAUUCACGCCUACGCGUCCUCCUCCUUCGCGUUCAACGACUUCGACUCCAUCUAGGCUACGUACUGCUACGACCCCAUCGAAGCCAACGACUGGCACCAAUCCAAAGGACUUUGCCGCCGCUGCCCGGUCCGUACCUCCUACCCGCGCUGAAGAAAAGGCACGUAAAGAGGCUGCCAAACAAUCCCAGCUGGAUGCCAAAGCUGCCGCUGUGCGCGCAGGAAAGGAAAAGUACCAGGCACAGCUAGAGGAGCAGGCUUCUCAAGAAUCUGCCCGUAAAGCUAGUGCGCGUGCUAAAGCUGGUGCCCCUGCUCUAGGUAAAUGGGGUGCUGGCGGUCAGGCGAACGCUAAUCACACCCCUCCUCACACUACUCGGGAAGGUAGCGGUGCUGCAAAGCCUAGCUAUAAUAAGCCGUGCUCCACCUGCGGUCAAGCUCACGCUUCGCUUGCGGAGAUUCGCAAGUGCGUCAAAAAGCAUGCUGACCAGGUGAAAGAUGAGUCUUUCUUCCAGACUAUUUGA